GGAGAGCACAAGACAAUGCUGCUGAGGGGAGUCUGAGCCACAGAGCAUGCUUUGUGCCACAGUGACCCAGGUGCUGAAUGCUGUCUGCAAACUGCUUUGUCGAUGAAGGAAGAAAUUGGUUUGAAAUUGGAAGCACAAACUAGUUCCUAACACUGUUCAACAUGCGCAAAGGGGUGCCAAAGGACCCAGAGAUAGCUGACCUGUUCUACAAAGAUGAUCCUGAGGAAAUAUUUGUGGGUUUACAUGAAAUUGGACAUGGAAGUUUUGGAGCAGUUUACUUUGCUACAAAUUCCCACACUAAUGAGGUGGUGGCAGUCAAGAAAAUGUCCUAUAGUGGAAAGCAAACAAAUGAGAAAUGGCAGGAUAUCAUUAAAGAAGUCAAGUUUCUCCAGCAGCUGAAGCACCCCAACACCAUAGAAUACAAGGGCUGUUACCUGAAGGAGCAUACAGCAUGGUUGGUUAUGGAGUACUGCUUAGGAUCAGCUUCUGACUUGCUAGAGGUUCACAAGAAACCACUUCAGGAAGUGGAAAUUGCUGCCAUCACCCAUGGUGCCUUGCAGGGGCUGGCCUACCUGCACUCUCACUGUAAGAUCCAUAGGGAUAUUAAAGCUGGAAAUAUUCUUCUAACAGAACCAGGUCAAGUGAAACUAGCUGACUUUGGGUCUGCAUCUAUAGUCUCCCCUGCCAAUUCUUUCGUGGGAACGCCUUACUGGAUGGCACCAGAGGUGAUUCUUGCUAUGGACGAGGGACAGUACGAUGGGAAGGUGGAUGUCUGGUCCCUUGGGAUCACAUGUAUUGAGUUAGCUGAAAGGAAGCCUCCACUUUUCAACAUGAAUGCAAUGAGUGCCUUAUAUCACAUAGCCCAGAAUGAUUCCCCUACGUUACAGUCAAAUGAAUGGUCAGACUCCUUUAGGGGAUUUGUUGAUUACUGCUUACAGAAAAUACCUCAGGAAAGGCCAUCAUCUACAGAUCUGUUACGGCACGAUUUUGUUCGCCGGGACCGCCCUCCAAGGGUACUAAUAGACCUCAUCCAGAGGACAAAGGAUGCAGUCCGGGAGCUGGACAACCUGCAGUACAGGAAAAUGAAGAAAAUCCUCUUCCAAGAGACACGGAACGGCCCCCUGACUGAGUCUCAGGAAGAGGAGGAGGACAGUGAGCAUGGAUCAAACCUGAGUAGGAAGAUGGACAGUCUGGGCAGCAACCAUUCCAUCCCAAGCAUGUCUGUGAGCACAGGCAGUCAGAGCAGCAGUGUGAGCAGCAUGCAGGAGGUCCUGGAUGAGAGCAGCUCUGAACUGGUCACGAUACACAGUGAUGAGAGCACCAUUAAUUCCACUUCCUCCGUUGUCCAUAAGAAGGAUCAUGUAUUUAUAAGGGAUGAGGUGGGCCACAGGGAUCGCAGGCCUGAGGUGCGGCCUACCCAGUCAGUGCAGAAUCAGGCCCUCCACUACCGGAACCGAGAGCGCUUUGCCACAAUCAAAUCAGCAUCUUUGGUUACAAGACAGAUCCAUGAGCAUGAGCAGGAGAACGAGUUGCGGGAACAGAUGUCAGGAUAUAAGCGGAUGCGGCGCCAGCACCAGAAGCAGCUGAUCGCCCUGGAGAACAAGCUGAAGGCCGAGAUGGACGAGCACCGCCUCAAGCUGCAGAAGGAGGUGGAGACACAUGCCAACAACUCGUCCAUCGAGCUGGAGAAGCUGGCCAAGAAGCAAGUGGCUGUGAUGGAGAAAGAGGCAAAGGCAGCUGCAGCAGAUGAAAAGAAAUUCCAGCAACAGAUUUUGGCUCAGCAAAAGAAAGACCUGGCGACCUUUUUAGAAAGUCAGAAGAAACAAUACAAGCUUUGCAAGGAGAAGAUUAAAGAGGAGAUGAACGAGGACCACAGCACACCGAAGAAAGAGAAGCAAGAAAGAAUAUCCAAACAUAAAGAGAACCUGCAGCACACACAGGCUGAAGAGGAGGCCCAUCUUCUCAGCCAGCAGAGACUCUACUACGACAAAAACUGCCGUUCCUUCAAGAGAAGAACGAUGAUCAAGAGGCAUGAGAUGGAGCAGCAGAACAUCCGGGAGGAGCUGAACAAGAAGCGGACGCAGAAGGAGAUGGAGCACGCCAUGCUGAUCCGGCACGACGAGUCGACGCGCGAGCUGGAGUAUCGGCAGCUGCACACGCUGCAGAAGCUGCGGAUGGACCUGAUCCGGCUGCAGCACCAGACCGAGCUGGAGAACCAGCUGGAGUACAACAAGCGGCGGGAGCGGGAGCUGCACAGGAAGCACUUCAUGGAGCUCCGGCAGCAACCAAAGAACCUGAAGGCCAUGGAAAUGCAGAUCAAAAAGCAGUUCCAGGACACGUGCAAAGUGCAAACUAAGCAGUACAAAGCACUGAAGAAUCACCAGCUGGAAGUAACUCCAAAGAGUGAGCACAAGACAAUUCUGAAGAGUCUGAAGGACGAGCAGACGAGGAAGCUCGCCAUCCUGGCUGAGCAGUACGAGCAGAGCAUCAACGAGAUGAUGGCCUCGCAGGCGCUAAGGCUGGAUGAGGCCCAAGAAGCAGAAUGCCAAGCCCUGAGACUGCAGCUCCAGCAGGAGAUGGAGCUGCUCAACGCUUACCAGAGCAAAAUAAAGAUGCAGACAGAAGCACAGCAUGAAAGGGAACUCCAGAAGCUGGAGCAACGGGUGUCGCUGCGCAGGGCACACCUUGAGCAAAAGAUUGAAGAGGAACUUGCUGCCCUCCAGAAGGAACGCAGCGAGAGGAUUAAGUUUCUGUUGGAAAGGCAGGAGCGAGAGAUCGAGACGUUUGACAUGGAGAGCUUGAGAAUGGGCUUUGGGAAUUUGGUCACGUUAGAAUAUCCCAAGGAGGACUAUAGAUGAGAUUAGAUUCCUUUUGCCAUUUAAAAAAAAAAACCACAAAAAACCAACAACAAAACAAAAAAAGCAAACAAAAUAAUGACAAAACUUGCAAACCCAACAUUCCCCAUGUGACCGGGCGUGCUCUCUCUCUUUCUGUCUCUCUUACUGACAUCGUGUCGGACCAGUGCCUGUCUAUCCUGACUCCAUCAGGGGCCCCUUUCCCCCUGUCUCACGUCCCGGUGCAGGACACAACUCCUGGAGGUCUUUUCCAUAAGUAUGUUCACAGUAUUGGUGUCUCUGUGCAAUGAUUUCAAACAAAAAUGUUUCAAGUGAAAACUUUUGGAGACAAUUUGAAGGGAGGAAAAAAAAAA